ACUCCUAGGGGCGAGGCCGAGAGCUGAGCGGGGCGGAAUCUGAGGCCAGGUCCACUGAGGUAAUUGGUCCGCCUGGAGCGCCACAUUCCGAGAUGGGGCGGAGCCUCGCCCCGGGGCCCUGGCCUCGGAGCAAUUCUCCUAAAUUGGGAAGAGUCCUGGGUUUCUCUGGUGCCUGAGGAGGGGCGAAGCUGAGAGCGGCGCCGUCUGCGCUUGCGCCGGGGUCCGGGACAGGGCGUGUUUACUCUCGUGGGCUCCGGGCUGAUCUGUGUGGGAUCCCCUAGGCUGCUGCCUUCCACAACCAUGUCCAAGUCUUUGAAGAAGCUGGUGGAGGAGAGCCGGGAGAAGAACCAGCCCGAGGUGGACAUGUGCGACCGCGGCAUCUCCAACAUGCUAGAUGUCCACGGCUUGUUUACUUUAUCCCACAUCACACAGCUGGUUCUCAGCCACAACAAGCUGACAACUGUGCCUCCAAACGUGGCAGAACUGAAGAAUCUGGAAGUGCUGAACUUUUUCAAUAACCAAAUUGAAGAGUUGCCCACGCAGAUCAGCAGCCUCCAGAAGCUCAAACACCUGAACCUUGGUAUGAACAGGCUAAAUACUUUGCCCCGAGGAUUUGGCUCUUUACCGGCCCUGGAGGUCCUUGACUUGACUUACAACAACUUGAAUGAAAAUUCUCUUCCUGGAAACUUCUUCUACCUUACCACCCUGCGUGCACUUUAUCUAAGUGACAACGAUUUUGAAAUCCUGCCGCCAGAUAUUGGGAAGCUCACAAAGUUGCAGAUACUCAGCCUUAGGGAUAAUGACCUGAUCUCACUGCCAAAAGAAAUUGGGGAACUUACGCAGCUGAAGGAACUACACAUCCAGGGGAACCGCCUGACUGUCCUUCCCCCUGAGCUCGGAAACUUGGAUUUAACUGGUCAGAAGCAGGUCUUCAAAGCAGAGAAUAAUCCCUGGGUUACCCCAAUUGCUGACCAGUUCCAGCUCGGAGUGUCCCAUGUCUUUGAAUACAUCCGUUCUGAAACAUACAAGUACCUCUACGGCAGACACAUGCAGGCAAACCCAGAGCCUCCAAAGAAGAAUAAUGACAAAUCAAAGAAGAUCAGCCGGAAACCCCUGACAGCCAAGAACAAAUAAGGAUUUAGCGUGGACUGAUGCUUUUUAGUUUCUCUCUCUCCCUCUCUCUCUCUCACACACACACACUCUCACAUACUCUUCAUGCAUUCUCUAACCUCUACCCCCAUUCCCAUGGCAUUUUAGUCCUUUGGGAAGAUGCUGGAUUUUUGCAGACGCCUGUUUCUGUGUUGUCUUAUUAGAGGUGCCAAAUAAAGGAAGCCAAGAUCUAUGCUGACUGCAAAUUCCAAAGAAGGCUCUGCUUUUAAACCCUUGAAUAAGAAUCAUGAAGUUCCAUAUUAUCCAGAAAAAUUAAAACCAUGUAACCAUUUACUAUAGCUUAACACUGCUCAUUCUUCUAUUUGUGUGUGCAUUAACACGUGUAUAACGGCUUUUAUUCUAUUAAGCCAUACAUAUAUACCCCCUUGUGCUUUCAUCUGUGUCCUUGUAUCACCGAGAUAUUAUGUUCAUUUUACUUAUAAAUGAUUUUAAUAAAAUCUUUUAUUCGUAUCA